CGUGUAUAAGAAGGGAAAUGAUACUUAAUCAUGAGAUGAAACUUAACUCAGAUAUGUACCAGUUCAGUGUUGAGAGCAAACAGCCUAAGCUGAUAUCUGGAAGUGGAACUGACCAGUUUGUUUUUUAAGGUGAAUUAUUUUUGUUUACUGUUUAAGUUGCCUGUUUCAGAAACUCUUUGCAAGUAUUCAUCCCUUCAGCAUGUCCGACGAAGUGCAGUCCUUCAAUUUAUCUCAGGCUCUUGGUGUUGAAUGCAUCCAAUCAAUUAAGACUGAUUUAGCCAAGAAAGGUCUACGGAAUUCACUCUUGAAGUCCAACCUGGACUAUGCCAUGAAAGCAGUAGAGGCCAUGUCCAUCUCCAAAAGGACAAAUGCUGUACUACAGGUGGAAGGAAAGGAAACAGUUAUCAAGAUCAUUACUGGGCAACCUAUCUUCCAUCAUACGGUGUGGAAUGACAAUGAUGGUCCCAAACUGCUUCAGAAAAUCAAAGUAAAUAGCACACAGCUGAAAACUAAACAUAUUGAUGAGUCACACUUCAUGGGCCAUUGUUGCAGGGAUGAAGUGAUGAACUGCAUGGAGCAGGCACAUAAGGCAGUGGCCUCCAUUGGAGAAGGCCUUGCCAACGUGGAGCUGAAGAUCAGAUGUGGGGAGCUACAGCUCACCUACACCACUAUGGCCCCCUCCACUACGAUUGAGAUCCAGCCUAAAUGGAGAGGAAUAAUCAGAAAUUAUUACUUGGAGGAUGUCCUCAGAGUGAAGCACCACAUGGAGAAGGUUGGGGAGAUGUCCCCUGGCCUGCUGGCCUGCUUUCGGCUCCUGUUGACAGUUCCUCCCAAACCUGUACAGAAAAAUAUUAAACAGAUCUUGCUCAUGAGUGAAGGCCAAAAAGUUGAGCUUGUCCAUCAAGGAGCUUCACUCCUACAUACAGGAAACUUUGUUAUCUUCUUUGAUGCAGACAAAGCCAAAAUGUACAAUGAGACAGACCACUCAUGUUAUUAAUUUCAUGAUUUUCAGACAAAUAUUUGAAAUACAUAAAUGUAUAAACGUAUAUCACUGGUUGUAUUUCAAUGUUUCUAGUCUUCCAGUAACCUGCUCAGGCCUGAUGAGUACAUGAAAUAUUAGUAACAAUACAAUUUCCUGUGGAUGGAUAGAAUAAUGGGGGGCAGUAUGACUAUAUAAGACAGUUAUUGUCAGGACUGUUCAGUCUGUCCUUUGUACCAUGAUGGUUCGUCAGCCUAUGUCCUGUAAGUUUAAUGUCAGUUUUAGCAUGGUGAGAGAUUCUGUCCUGUUUAGCUGUGUGCUUUCCCGUAUUCCUUCUCUGCCUUGCUUCCAUGUUUGGAUGUUUUUUGCUCUGCCCGUUUUAUUGAUUCCAAAGUUGGGAUCUUCUGUGUCUUCUGUGUUGUUUUGGAAUUCUAGUUUUUGCCGGGAUCUUUUUUUGUGUUUGCCUUUUGGACCUUUACGUUUAAACUUUUUGUAAAUAAACCCUGAACUGUCUCUGCAUCUGGUCUGCGAUUGGGUCCUUUCCUGCCGUACCCUAACAAGUUAUAUCCACAUUGUACUGAGUUAGCUGAGAUUAUAAGCUUAUUUGAUUUAAACCAUUUGAAUUCUCUGAAAUAGCCCUAUAGCAUAAGCUUUAAUGUUAUAUUUAAGGAUAUUUCUGGGAGGAUCGAUGCCAUUUAUUUGUCUCCCAUGCACAACAGACACACCAGACAUUCUGUCACAACACAUGCGACUAAAACCUUAAUUAAAACAUAAGGUGAGCUAUA